CACGUAGAUUAUGUGAGCAAAUAUGUUUUAUUUAAUUUUAAAAAAUAAUUAUGUAUCAUAGAUUGCUUCGAUAUUGUAAAAUAACAUAAUUUUCACAAAUUAAAAUUUAUUAACUAAAUAAUUUGAUACCACAAAGUAUAACAUAAAAUUAGUUAAUAUUGAACACUUAACUAUUAUUAUUAUUUUCUUCAUCUUGGCAUUAAUCGCAUGUAUCAUGUAUUACAUACAAAACAAAUAUAUCAAACAUGAGUCAAGAUUUUAUUAAGCAAGCUAGCUCGCAACUCUACUCGACUCGGCUCGUUAAUAAACGAGUCGAGCUCAAACUCGACUCAUUUGUUAACGAGCCGAGCUCAAACUGAGGAAAACUCGACUCGACUCGGCUCAUUUGCAGCCCUACUCAGAGGUGUACGAUGAAACCAAUACUACCAAUGGGAUGGAUAAUUAUCCAAAACGGUUACAUAACUUCAGUAUUUGAACAAAAUGAUCACAUAACGUUUAUUUAUUUUUCAAAAUGAUGCUACAACUUUGAAAAUUCGUAACAAAUGAUCACAUUUAAAUCUAUUUUCAUCCAAAAAUUUGUCCAACUUGAAAUGUUAAAUUAAUAAAAACUAGAAAUCGUGUCAAGCUUCACCCAAGUCCUCGAACCACUCAACCGUAUUCAUAGAAAUUAUACUUGCAUCCGACUUGAAAAGAUGAAACACGCAUCUAAUAAUUGGUCAGGCGUGAUUUUUUUUUUAUCUUUACGAGAAAGACAUGGCAAAUUAAAGGAAAUUUUGUAUGGAAUGACAAAUUCAAACUUGUAACCUAUGUUUGAGUUUUUCAUUAUGGGUCCGAGUAUAAAUUAUACAACGAGUAAGAAAGUUGUUAAAAAGCAUGUGAUUUGAUCAAUCCAAUUCCCUUAUCGUGGUUUUGAGUUCUUUUUGUCUCCUCAUGAGUAAAAUUAUUUGGCUCUCAUAUAUUCAUACUUCAAGGACAUGCCCUUUGUUCUAAGAGUUUGCAAUUUGGUUGGGGAAAUCUACAUUAAUAUGACCAUUUUUGUCAAACGUCAAAGUAAUAUGAUUAUUUUGGAUAAUUAUCCAACAGGACGUCUACGGGCUCUAAUGGAGAAGUGCAAACUUGGGCUUUUUAGGGGCCCGUUAUUUGGAUGACGUGGUUGGAUUUGAGCCCGGCCCACGAAAGUCGAAUACUACCAACCUCUCAAAUUCUUUUGUUUUCCGUUGGUUUUAAGUUUUAACUUUCAUCGCCAAAUCCAUUUCUCUUCCAAUCCUCUUUUCUUUUCCCAGUGAAGGAAACGAGCGACUGGAGAGAAGAGAAGAGAGCAAUGGAGUUGGCCACCAAGUUCCAUAGCUCUUCCUUCUCCAUCUUCAACGCUCCAAUUUACAAAGGGAAACUCGUUGCUGCUUCUCCGUCUUCUUCUUCAUCGUCACUUCAGCUUUCCAAGCAAUGGUUGGGCGUCGGCUUAUCGUCUCGGGCUGCUACUGCGGCCAAAGCUACGCCGUCCCUGAGGUUUCUCUCGAGGCAGCAGCGGAAGUCAAUUAUCAGUACGGUUAAGUGUUCCGUUUCUCAGACCACGCCGGCAGAAACCUCCGCCGAGAAGAAGAGUCAAUUGAUGAGAAGAAGCGAUAUAAGGAACAUCGCAAUCGUGGCUCAUGUCGAUCAUGGAAAGACGACUUUGGUUGAUUCCAUGUUGAAACAAGCUAAGGUGUUUCGUGACAAUCAAAUUAUGCAAGAAAGGAUAAUGGACUCGAAUGAUUUGGAGCGUGAAAGAGGGAUUACGAUACUGAGCAAGAACACGUCUAUUACUUACAAGGAUACCAAGAUUAAUAUUAUUGAUACUCCAGGCCAUUCUGAUUUCGGUGGUGAAGUGGAGCGCAUCCUGAAUAUGGUUGAAGGAGUCCUUCUAGUGGUAGAUUCUGUUGAGGGCCCAAUGCCGCAGACCAGAUUUGUUUUGAAGAAGGCUCUGGAGUUUGGCCAUGCUGUCGUUGUUGUUGUCAACAAAAUUGAUAGACCUUCAGCUCGUCCAGAGUUUGUCAUCAACUCCACCUUUGAGCUCUUCAUUGAGCUGAAUGCAUCAGAUGAGCAGUGUGAUUUCCAAUCUAUUUAUGCCAGUGGCAUUCAAGGAAAGGCUGGAUUGUCUCCUGAUGAUUUGGCUGAGGAUCUUGGACCACUUUUCGAGUCUGUAAUCAGAUGCAUACCCGGACCCCGUAUAGAAAAAGAUGGUGCUCUGCAAAUGCUUGCGACGAAUAUUGAAUAUGAUGAACAUAAGGGACGUAUAGCUAUUGGACGUGUUCACGCUGGGUCCCUCCGGAGGGGGAUGGACGUUAGGGUAUGCACAUCUGAAGACACAUGUAGAUUUGCAAGGAUUAGUGAGCUUUUUGUGUAUGAGAAGUUCUUCAGGGUUCCGGUAGAAAGUGUUGAAGCUGGUGACAUUUGUGCUGUCUGUGGAAUUGAUGAUAUUCAGAUUGGAGAGACCAUAGCCGAUAAAGCAGCAGGGAAGCCAUUACCUUCUAUCAAGGUGGAAGAGCCAACUGUAAAGAUGGCUUUCUCCAUAAAUACUUCACCAUUCGUUGGUAGAGAGGGGAAGUAUGUGACAAGCAGAAAUUUAAGAGAUAGACUCUUCCGUGAACUUGAGCGAAAUUUGGCCAUGAAAGUUGAAGAGGGCGAAUCCUCGGAUACUUUUAUAGUCAGUGGACGUGGUACUUUACACAUCACCAUAUUGAUAGAGAACAUGCGAAGGGAAGGAUAUGAAUUCAUGGUGGGGCCUCCUAAGGUGAUUAACAAAAGAGUGGAUGAAAAAUUAUUUGAACCAUUUGAGAUUGCAACCGUUGAGGUUCCUGAAGAGCACAUGGGCGCUGUUGUAGAGCUUUUGGGGAAAAGGCGUGGGCAAAUGUUCGACAUGCAAGGAGUUGGGUCGGAGGGUACUACAUUUCUGAAAUACAAAAUUCCCACUCGUGGCCUUCUUGGUGUGAGAAAUGCAAUUUUGACUGCAUCCCGCGGAACAGCAGUUCUCAACACCAUAUUCGAUGGAUACGGCCCUUGGGCUGGUGACAUUAGCACGAGAGAUCAAGGCUCAUUGGUAGCAUUUGAGGAGGGAACAUCCACUUCUUACGCGAUGGCUAGUUCACAGGACAGGGGCCAGUUGUUCAUUGGUCCAGGUGUGGACGUCUACAAAGGCCAAAUCGUCGGAAUCCACCAGCGAUCUGGCGACUUAUCCCUCAACGUCUGCAAGAAGAAGGCUGCAACGAACGUGCGUUCAAACAAAGAGCAAACAGUUGUUCUCGACACACCCUUGGAUUACAGUCUGGACGACUGCAUUGAGUACAUUCAAGAGGACGAACUGGUGGAGGUCACGCCAGCGAGCAUCCGCAUGUGCAAGAACCCCAAGUUCUCCAAGAAGGGCAGCAGGUGAGAGUUGAGGCCAUUGGAUCCUUUUAUACAAUCUCAGACGAUAAGUUGAUUUUGCGGAUCCUCGUAUAUUUUCGGCAAAGCUCAUCUCGGUAUAGUUAGAAAGAUGUGUUGGUCCUUCUCUUUUACUGCAUAUGCAUUCAUUGCCGUUUUCACGGCCUUGGAAUCAGGUCAUCAGUUUAGGAAUGAAUAGACAUCAUAGAUCAAUCUUCCACUUGGGUAGGAGGACAUGGUUGUAUAUUUGUAUAUAUAACCAGAUAUGUUGAGAGAUCCAUUGUUGUACUUGUUUGGACUUGCAUAAUUUUGAUUGCUUCCAACAGGACCAUAUGUCAUCUCAUUUGCACUCAGAUAUUCAUGAAAAUAAUCUGCAUCAUUGUGC